AUGUACGGACAGACAACCCUAGAGUCGGUAGAUUCCGACUUGGCUCUUCUUGAAUCCAUUCGUCAACACCUUCUAGGCGAUCAUAUGGCGCCUCAGGCCGCCCUCUUCGGCGGCGGCGACGUCGACGACAUCAUCCCCUUGUUUUUCCCCAGCUCCGCUACUGCUUCAACCUGCAUGAGUGGGUUUUUUACCACAGAGAACUGGUGGGAAUCGGCGCUAAAACCCGAGGACUCUGAAACCGAAGCUGUAAGUACCCCAGUGGAUGACGUCGAGAUUAAACUGAGGGAGCAAGCUCGUGUUGCGCAUGAGGUGCACGCGCCAAGGGCGGCGAGGCAUUUCAGGGGAGUGAGGAGGAGGCCAUGGGGGAAGUACGCGGCGGAGAUAAGAGAUCCGGCGAAGAACGGCGCGCGAGUGUGGCUUGGGACUUACGAGACUCCUGAAGACGCCGGGCUGGCUUAUGACCGAGCUGCUUUCAAGCUGCGAGGCCGUAAAGCUAAGCUCAACUUUCCUCACUUGAUUGGCUCGAACAACGUUGAGCCGGUUAGGGUUACCCCGAAGCGGCGGCGCUCGCCGGAGCAGUCCUCUACGUCGCCCUCGUCGGCAUCGGAGGACAGCGAGUCUCCCAAGUCAAAGAUUAGAUAG